AUGAAUAUCAUCACCCAAUUUCUACUGUAUUUUAUUGUUUUUAUUCCUUGCGGUAGUAGUCUCUCUUGUAAAGAUUUCAAAGACAUCCCGUGCCCUUUCUUCAUACAUGGGAAAUCUAAUAACUGCGGAGAUCCAUCCUGGGAACUCUUAUGCGAAAACGAUAGAACCAUUGUAACUGUUUUUUCAAAAAGAUUCUACGUCUUGGAUAUAGAUUCUAAAGCGAAUAGAAUUCAAUUAAUUGAUCCAGGUCUUGAAAAGGAUAAUUGUUCAUCGAUGCCUCAACAUUCAUUACCAGCUUCCCCUUCUUAUUUUGGCGGUUACUCUGAUUCUAUUUCAACUUGGUCAAGGCCGGUGGUAUACAUGAAUUGUUCGAAGAAUCUAAGUAACUAUACACGCUACUUAAGCACCUUACCAUGUGUUAAUAAUACUUCUUUGAACAUGUUAACAUAUGCGAUUGUGGAUCCCGUUGUUUCAGAAUUCGGGAAUUCAUGCACGAAUUUUCUUACGUCUUGGAUAUUUGGUGAUGAUGCUCUACAUAAUCCAGAAAAUUCUACCUUUGGAUCAUAUUCGGAACUUCAUAAGCAAAUGAUGAAAGGCUUCUGGAUCUCCUACGCCUACGACACACAGCCAUGUAAGUUACUAUUCGAAGAAUAA